GCAAAGUCUUAGAAGCUAAAGAGGCUAAGUGCAAGGUUUUCAGAGUAAGAAAACGAAACAGUGAGGAAGUCAGAGAAUUAAUACCACAAUUGAACUCUCGAUUGCCAGUUGUUUCGUCUGAAUCUCUCUACUUUCACGAAGAUGGAGCAAUCUCUUUCGUCACUGGCAUUUAGAGGUUCCAUUUUAGAAGCAAUUGCUGAAGCGAAACAACAGAAGAAACUUUUUGUCGUCUAUACUUCAAGUGACAAUUCGGAGUCAAAACUUUUAGAAACAUCCACAUGGAUCGAUCCAAGUGUUUCUGAGGUGUUGUCAAAGUACUGCAUUUUGUUACACAUCUUGGAAGGAAGCUCUGAAGCAUCAAAUUUUUCAGCAAUAUAUCCCCAGCAUUCUGCCCCUUGUAUAACUGCUAUUGGAUAUAAUGGUGUACAACUUUGGCAAAAAGAGGGCUUUGUCAGUGCCGAUGUUCUUGCUUCCAGUCUUGAGGAGGCAUGGUUAGGUCUUCAUGUUCAGGAGACUACUGCUGCUUUCUUGACUGCUGCACUUGCUUCUGGAAAACAACUGGCUUCAGGAACUUCGGGGAUUACUUCAUCUGAGCAAGUGACACCAGGGACACAUGUGUCGGCACCAUUGACCAAUGCUCAUGUCCUAUCCCCGGAUGCUGGACAGCCAUUAUAUUCUGGGGCAACAGCAGAUAGUAACAGUUCUAAAGAUGCUUCGAAAGAGACAGAUUCCAAGGGGGUUGGUGUGGGUUCUACUGAACCAUCUCUUGCUGUGAGCAGUCGUGAACUUGAUAAGUCUAUUUCCGAAAUUGAAGCAGGAAAUACUUCACAGGACCCGACUGAGAGAAGUCAAAAUAACCCUAAAGUGGCAUAUCCUGUGCCGGAAAAUAAUUUAAGCUUUUCUGAUAAUCAUUUGGACAGCAGCAAUGAAGUUUUUCACGAGAUUUCAAAUGAAGCUAAUGAAGUGGCACAUGUUCGUACAGAAGAGACCAGAGAAGUUGAGAAAGAUGAUACUCCAGCUUCCUCUGCCAUUAAAUCAAAUGAUAUUUUCCUAAAUAUUAGACUGCCUGAUGGUUCUAGCCUACAAGUCAAGUUUUCCGUGAAUGAUACCUUGAAAAUGGUUAAAGAUUAUAUAUAUGGAAUUCAAUCAAGCAGCUUUGGCUCUUUUACUCUAGCAAUUCCUUACCCUAGAAAGGUUUUCAGUGACCAAGAUUUGGGCAGCACAUUAUCAGAACUGGGUCUCUUCAAUAGGCAGGCAUUAGUUGUGGUGCCAUAUAACCAAAAUAAUUUGCAUCGUAGAGGAGUACCUUCGCACUAUGAAGCUUCUCCCUCAAAUGAUGCUGGCUCUUCUAGUGAAGGCGGAGGAUAUUGGGCAUUUCUGAGAAGAAUUUUAUCUUAUGCAAACCCUUUUUCUUAUCUUAGUGGAGAUGCCAGCACACCAAGUGCUACCCAGGAAUCCCAAAGUGGCGUAUGGCAAUACAGCCCAAAUCCUUCACUUCAGAAUGCCCUUAGGGAUAGGAGCAGACCACCAAUCAACUCAUCCGACACGAGUGGCAGAAACAGCAACAGCAGCACUGUACGCAGGCAGCAAACUUCUCGCUCCUUCGGAGGUAACAUCCACACAUUAAAACACGAUGAUGAUGAUAGUCGGCCUAACGACAGAAAUGCCUUUUGGAACGGAAACUCGACCCAAUUUGGUGGCAAUGACGACGGGAAGUAAGUCUGGUUUUCAACUUUUGGCUACUGUACAGGAAGGACAUGAUCCAAAUCAAGGUACCGGGAUAACUUUGCUUUCUUCACACUAAACCUUGACGUUUAUGAAGCUAUAAGCAGAUAAAUUGAACAUGUUUACCUCUUUAUAUGUGAGUAACAAAGUGAUUCUUGUUCUUGGUUCAUCAUCUUAUUACUGCAUAAUAGACGCUUUUUUUAAUCUAUUUAUGAUUUUCUGCUGCU